AGGGAAUGAUGAUGAAGAUGAUGAAGAAGAUGUUGAUAAGUGGAGGAGAUAUAGCUCCAGGAAAGGAGGGAGGGGGAGAGGGAGGGCUAAUUAUUCACGUGCUCCAGCUGCUAGGAACUUCUCUGGUUUUGAUUUGGAUGAGUUUCCUGAUCUAAGCAGCACUGGAGGUGUAUUGGAUCCAGAGAAGGUAGAGAUAAAGUUUCAAUCACUUAAGGAUAUUCCCUCCCAUCUUCUUGAAGACAUUGCUAAAUGCUACAUACAAGCUAUUGAUGUCUGUAAGUUCUGUUUCUAUUGUCGCCUGAUGGAAGUCAAGAAACCUCUUGACUGGGAAGGAUACAAGCCGAUAUGUCUCAUUUGUAAAAGUCCAUGGAAGUCAGUAAAGGUAAUUCCUGCUAGCUCACUCUGCAGUAAUUUCAAUGGAUUGAAGAAUGUCCCGAUAAGUGUUCCUCUUAUUAAACCUAACAGGCCGAUAGAUAAAUGCCACAGUUAUUGUUCAAAAUCUGACCACUUGAAAUGUUUUGAGUUGAAAUACGACGCUGGAUUCACUCGUGCUCAUUCUGUGGAGGAACUGGUCAUUUGGACUGUAGAGAAGGACUCAGGAGUAGGAUAUGGUAAUUUUUCUAAAUACAUAAAGGACAAUGGAAUAGUCUCAACUCUCAACUCAUCAACCAAUGAAGAAGAACAGAAUGAAAGUCCCCAGUAUUACGUUCCAGAGAAGUGUCUUUUCACCUCUAUAUCAAGUAUCCCUAACGACCUCUUGUUCUCAAUCUCUAAAUGUUACGAGAGUCGUCUCACCGUCUGCCGUACCUGUUUCUUUGACUCCCUCAGUGGGCGUGGCUAUAACUCCGGCCUCGAUCUUGUACUGACCCUGAAGGCUGAAGGUGGUAAAGUCCACACGUGUGAACGAGGACACAUGUGGCGAGGGUUGAGAGUCAUCCCGUCCAGUCGAUUGUGUUCGUCUUACGGAGAAUUCAUUGCAAUACCACCUGUACCUAAGCACAUGCAGACCAGCAAAUCUCCUUUUAAGGUGUGCAGUAUGGCUGAUCAUCGUGGCUGCUUUGAAAAGACAAGGGAGAACAACCCCUGGUUCCCUCAUGCAGUGGAGGAGAUGGUCAUAUGGACUGUGGAGAGAGAAACAGGGAAGGAUUUUCAAUCCUACCAAAGCCACAUUAAAGAGUUAUAUGAGGAACAACGACUCCUCCUCCAACAAUUAAGAAUAUCCUCUCCCAGUCACAGACAGUACAAUGGAUCCUCUCCUUCACCUCCUCCAACUUCUGCCACUUCUGCUUCAAGAAAAUCCAAAAGCAAAUCCCCAAAUCUAGAAUCCGCCGUUUCUAAUUUAGUGGACGGUCUACAGACGCUACGAAAAAAAUCUCAGCCAGACCUUCCCACUCUCUCGGGAAUAAAUGAAUCAAAUACGCUUCGUUUUCACGAAGACCUUUCCUCUUCAAGCUCUGAUCUGAUUGGUCAGACUAGCGGAGUGGGCGGGGACUAUAACAUGUCCCUCCCGAGCGGAGGCGAGAGUCUCACUUAUGACGAGGCUAGUAAGUUUUUCCCGGCACUCAUGGAUCAGAGACCAGUGGGUACUCGGUCAGUUGGAAGUACCGGAAGAACUGGAGUCCUCUCACAGCCUGAGUUGGCUAUAAAACAAGAUACCAGUAAACAGAACAAUCCUUCAUCAACUAAUAUUAACAGUAACUUUCCACAGUCAAGCUACAAUCCACUCUCCUUUGGUAUGCCGCCCACACAAAUUGGACAGCCCCCACUAGUAACUGGCGAUAUAACUAACACACAUUCACUUCUGUUUAAUAACAGUUCAUUGAGUGCUGGCCUAACACCAUUUGGAAUGACACCCUCAACUAGCACUGUACUGCCUAAUCCAAUAGGGUCACUACCUCUAGCUCCAUUAAACAUGCCAUUCACUGAUAUUGUUCCACCACUGCCUCUGACCUCUCUUUCUAUGGCUUCAAAUCCUUCUAUUGCUGGUAGCUCAGGGUUUCAACCAAUAUUGGAACAGCCUCUUGUAUCACAAUCUGCUGUAUUACCUUUACAGGAUGUUUUAGGACUAACAGAUCAGCUUAUGUUAAAUGAUGAUGAUAAUGAUACUAAGAUUCAACAAAAUGGAGGGAAUGGGUUAGAUGAUCAAGAUGAUGAUGGGGAGAGAGAUUUCACAUGUUUUUUGUGCUAUCGAGAAUUUGAUACUCCAAGGGAGAUUGCGGAACACUGCAUGAAGGAGAGGCACCUGGAGAUUGUAAGGCAGGAUACAAAGUUGUCUAAACUUUGGAGGUUUUUCCCACCUCCUCCCGAUCAGACGCCAGAGGAUUUUAAGAUAUGCAAUAAAAAGUCAAACUGUCCUGGUAGAUACCGCUGCUGUAAAGCCCACAGUCCUGAAGAGCUACAGGAAUGGACCCUACGACACAAACACCGUCAGAUAAACAAAGAUGUUCCUGUAAGUCCGUCCGAUCUUUUAUCAAUGGACGCCCCAAGUCUAAAUCAUACCUUGUACGGUCCAAUUAGCAUCACUAUUGAGCCGUCUCAUCAGACCGUGGUAAAAUUAGGAAACACGGUCUCUUGGAGAUUGAACGUCAAAGGAGAGGCGUGGCAGACUCUUGUGGGCGUGGUCUGCGUAACAACCCCUCCCACGCAAUCUCCUGUUUCAAUAAUGUCCAUAAAAGGCGAUACUAUUUAUAGUAUCUUUCCACGAUCUCAGAAAUGGGCCGCAUCCACUUUUAAGGAGAGUGUACUUUUGGGGCGUGUCUCAGUGCUAGUCAAGGCCACACCCACUAAACCAGGAUUUAAUGAAUAUCAUGUUCGGUUGUAUUUCGGUUGCAUGGAGUGCAUAGACAUUGAGCUAAAGGUUUUAUGUCAGUAAAUUGUGACAUUCAUAAGAAGUUUAUAUAAAAUGACUAUAUUAUAUAUUAUUAUAUAUAUAAUGGAACUUUUAAAGUAAUAGAUUUUGCUGAUUUGCUGUUGCAUGUAAUUAAUAAUAAUCCCCCAAGGCUGUGAUUUUAUCUUGUAAACAAUAAAUCCUUAUAAAUGUGAUUUCUGGUGAUUUUUUUAUUUUUUGUAUAAUGAUGUUUAAGCUGUCAAUAAGAAUGAAGCUGAUUUUAAGCUA